AUGGUUUCGAGAAGUAUAACCAUCAGCCUAUCAGUGGCAGCUGUUAUGAUGUUUGCCAUCAUGAUCACAAUAGCAGAUGGCUUUGCACCACAAUCGACAAAAGGUUACUGCCGGAACAUUAUGCAACAACAAACAGAGCAUACCUCAAGGAUAUCUCCCCUGUUCGCCAUCAAAUCAGGUGGCAAGAUCAUGAAGGAUGCCGAAAUGUACCGCAAGACGGUUCUGGAGAAUACCAGCAGCACCAGGCCGACUCUUGUUUUCUUUACUGCGCCAUGGUGUGGACCUUGUCGUCUGACUACUCCUUCCGUAAAGGAGGUAAUGCAGCAAUUCUCGAAUGAAAUUGAUGUGGUUGAAGUGUGUACGGACGACUUGGCGGAAGUUAGCGAAGAGGCUGGAGUCGUGAGCAUUCCAUCCAUUCUAUUUUAUUAUCAAGGCAAGAAGAUGGACACCAUUGUGGGGUGCGUCGCCAAGAGUGUAUUGGCCAAUACAGUCUCCAAAGUUCUAGAGGACGUGGCCAAGGUGACGACAUCCUGA